GUCACACAAAUAUAUUAUAUCGUUAAAUAGGUAGGCCUAACGCGAAUACUUGGUAUUUUUAUGAAACGCGUAUUGUUGGAAAAUGUCGUGGUUUGGAUAAAACUGGUAACUGUGUACUUUUUUAUUGUUGAAAAAGGAACUCCAUUGGGCCUGCAGGUGGUCCAUUUGACAUAGGCAAACACAUUAAUACUGUGUAUGGGUAAAGUCCAAAAAGUAAUUGAAUGGACCAUUUGAAAUGGAUCAUAUGAAAGAGUACCUGCAGUCGAUCUAUGACCAGAUAUCAGAAUUACUGUCGGUACAGUUGAGUAAACAGUCGACUUUCACUAAAACAAUAUUAAUUGGUACCACAGCAGGAGCAAUAGCAUAUUCUAUUUUAAAGAAACGGCACAGAUUACCGCCGGGACCGUUGGCUUUACCUAUUGUAGGGAACCUUCUAUUCAUAUUUUCACAAAAGGAAGGUUGGGCAAAGUCUUUUCUCAGAUUAUCCAAGAAGUAUGGCCCAGUCUUCACAAUUUAUCAAGGGCCAUUUCCUGUGAUAGUAUUAAAUGAUAUUAAAUCGAUCAAUGAAGCUCUAAUACAACGAUCUACUGAUUAUUCAAAUAGAUGGAUAAGACAUUCUUUCAAGUUAAUAAACUCCAAUGGAAAAGGCUUAGUAUUCUCAAAUCCUGAUGAAGAAUGGAAAGCAAGAAAGAAGACAACUGCAAAAGCUUUAAGUUUUAUUUUUCUCCUUAGAAAUUACAUUGGAAGUAGUAAUUUUGAAACACACAUAGGAGAAGCAGUUACUGAAGCAAUACAGGUUAUGUUACAACAAACCAAACCAUUUGAUCCGGACCCUUUUAUCCUCUUUAUAACAAUAAAUGUUUUAGCUUCGAUGUGUUUUGGAACAAGGUAUGAUUACAAUGACGAUAACUAUAAGCUACUGUUGAAAAUCAUGGAGGAUUUGGGUGAAGUUCUUGGUGAAGGAAUUUGUCUAGAAGAUUUUAUUUCACCUUUGAGAUUAUAUCCUAGCAAACGAUUCCACAAAUUACAGGAUAUAAGCAGAAGAGCAUUGGAUUAUGUUACUAGAAAUAUACAAGAACACCGGUGUCUGUACAAUAAAGAUAGGAUAACUGACCUCACAUAUGGUUUGUUAAAGGCAGAGGAAGACUCUCGUGAAGGUACAGUUGUUUUGAAUGAAGAACAGAUACGAUCAAGUCUGAUAGACCUCGUUUUAGCUGGUAAUGAUACUUCACGACAGACGCUUUAUUGGGCUAUAUUUUAUCUGGCUGCUUAUCCGGAUAUUCAGAAUAAAAUAUAUCAAGAAGUCCGGCGAGUCGUAGAUAAGACUAGAAUGCCAAAGAUUACUGAUAGAGAAAAGCUUCCUUAUACAUAUGCCUUUCUACAUGAAGUCAUGAGACUUGGAACAGCUAUUACUGUUGGAGUUCCACAUUUGACUGCAGUUGAUACAAAGAUAGGAGAAUAUGACGUUCCUAAAAACACGACAGUAUUCAUCAAUCAUUGGGGGCUUCAUCACGAUCCAGACCAAUGGGAGGAUGUUGAAACUUUUAAACCUGAAAGAUUUUUAGAUCAUACUGGUAAUAUGGCACCAAAACCCGAAAACUGGUUACCUUUUAGUACAGGUAGAAGACUCUGUAUAGGCAAAACAUUGGCAAUGCCUGAAUUACAUUUAAUUAUAGCUUCCUUAGUUCAAAGACUAGAAAUCAGAGCGGAACCAGGACGCCCUGUCAACUUUGAGGCAAAGGAAGGCCCAAUGGAAUACGCGUCUCAUCCGUACAAAAUCAUUGUUAUAGACAGAAAUCCAUGAUUAGUGAACAUUGCUCUCAAAGAUUUAUAUUUUCUCAAGCUCAUGUUGUUUUAAUUGUGUUAACAAAAUAAAUGAAUGGAUUAUUAUUCAUAAUUGUUUGUU